CCUCUGUGUGUUUGUGUAUCCAGCAUGAUUAUUGACACUAGCUCCACCCCACAGCUCUGUGUUUAGGUUAAAUCUUCGAAGGCUGCUUGGAGAGACAGAUGCUCUUCGUGCAUGCUGACAGCAUGGACUCCAGACCUUCUCUGACUGAAGAUGAUUUCUCCUGUCCUGUCUGCUGUGACAUCUUCAGAGAGCCUUUACUCCUGGCCUGCUCCCACAGCAUCUGUAAGAGCUGCCUGAACACCUUCUGGCACCAGCGAAGAGUUCUAGAGUGUCCUAUCUGCAGGACGGUGUCCUCCACCCCUGUGCCUCCGGUGAACAUCGUGCUGCACAACAUGUGUGAGGCGGUACUGAAGGAGCGCAACCGGCGGAUGUCAGUGGAGAUGGAGGGACUCUGCAGUAUACACCGUGAAGCUCUGACUCUCUUCUGUGUAAAGGAUCAGCGACCUAUUUGCACCAAGUGCAAGAACUCCAGAUUACACAGCAGGCACACUGUCAGCUCCAUACAGGAAGCAUCACAAGACCUCAAGGCACUCGAGAUGAAACUGAAGCCCUUACUUGAGAAAAUUAAAAUCUAUGAGGACUUCAAACAAUCCUGUAUUAAUACUGAAGAGCACAUUAAGAAGCAAAGCAAACACACAGAGGAAUUGAUCAGGAGGGAAUUCAAGAAGUUUCACCAGUUUCUCUGGGAUGAAGAGGAGGCCAGGAUCGCUACACUGAAAGAGGAAGAGGAGCAGAGAAGUCAGAUGGUGAAGAAAAAGAUUGACAAGAUCACAAUUCAAAUGUCUUGUAUCUUGGACACCAUCAAGGCCAUUAGGAAACAGACACAAGGAGAAGAUCUGCCAUUUCUCCUGAACUACAAUGCGUUACUUGAAAGAACUCAAGUUAAACUAGAAAAUCCAGAGAAAUUAUCUGGAGUUCUGAUCAAUGUGGCAAAGCAUCUGAGCAACCUGAGCUUCCAAGUGUCCGAGAAGAUGCACGGUUUUGUAAAAUACACCCCUGUGGUGUUUGACCCCAACACUGCCCACGCUGGCCUGAUAGUCUCUGAUGAUCUGAGCACAGUGACAUAUAAAGGCGAGGUUCAGCAGCUUCCUGAUAACUCAGAGAGGUUUGAGGGUUAUGUGAGCGUCAUAGGCUCUGAGGGCUUUAAUUCAGGCACACACUCCUGGGAUGUCGAGGUUGGAGACAACACAGCCUGGGCUGUAGGAGUCAUCUCUGAGUCUGUGUGUAAGCACAGAGAAAACCUCUCGCGGUUUGGUUUGUGGUAUGUGGGCUUCUGCAAUGACAAAUAUGGUAAAGGAUAUGCACCUGAGAUCCUGACGUUGUUGCGGGUUAGUGAGAAGAUCGAGAGGAUCAGGGUUGAGGUGGAUUUUAACAAAGGCAAGGUGAUCUUCACUGACUCGGCCCGGAACAUCUGUCUACACAUCUUCAAACAAACUUUUAGGGAAAGCGUUUUCCCUUACUUUUACAGUCACUGCAAACUCCAUCCUCUGAGAAUAUUACCAGUAAAGUCCUCUGUGACCAUUCAGAUGGACAGUUGAGAUAAAACAAGACACAAUGGCUUAACACUCAGUUAGAGCAGUGGCUCAGUGGUUAAUGCGUGCUUCUGACCCAGAACGUUAUGAGCUCAAGUCCCUGAAUUGGCAGCUUCCCACUGAUUGGUCCUUGAUCAAAGCCUGUAAUUCCUGCCAGAUACCUGCAUCAUACCUGUCUUUGUUUUCUAACAGCAUGACAUUUCACUGUACUGUAUAAACUUGUGUACGUGACAAUCAGGGAACUAAAAAAAUGAAAUGAUCAUAGAAUAGAAGUGUCAGGGACAAUUGUGGAGCUAUUAAUGUAAAUAAUGUGCCAGUGAAAGGUAUUCAGAAAUAAAGCAAUGAGAGGAUGUGUGUAAGAUUGAUUUUUUAUCACAAGCACAGGUUUACUCUGCUUCACACUACAUCUGACUACACUGUACUGUUUUACACUACCACUAAAUAUUAGAGUACUUUUCUUGUGACAAAUUGAAGUCAAAGUUAACCUCGCAGCUGUAGCUAUGCAGUAGAUGAUCCAGCAUCUUCACAGUGACAUAAACAAAUUUUGGUGAGUGACAAUUUGUUAUUACACAGAUUGUAUUUGCAUAUCCCCUACUCACACAAUUAGCCUCUUUACAUUUACAGAUAAUUCUUAAGUACACAUGGUCCUGCAACACCUGCUAAGGGACAUUCCUUCAGAAAGGAAGAUUCUGUCUCAGAACUGCAGGCUCAAAACAAAAUGCAGGUCAGAUGAUGACCAUUAAAAAACAUAAUGUCUGUGACAAAUUAUUGAUUGCAAAAUACAUGUGCUCUGAGAUACACAUAUGAGUCGGUCCGCCAGGACUACUCCUUUACAGUGCCUAUGACACACCCUACUUGUGAUUCCCAGCACAAUUUUUUUAGGAAAUUGUCUUGUGUCAGUCAUUCCACAGCAAAACAGAAGAUAAAGGAAACAUUAGAGCUCCUGUCAGACAAGUGUGACUUCCUCUGCAUGGUACGUCUGUUUUUGUAAGUGUGCUCAGCAUAACAUUAAAGUAAACACUGUCUGAGUUUGUUUUGUCAGUCAGGGUCAGAGUUAGGAUCGCAGUGACCAUGCACACAUUCACACAGUCAAAACUGGGGUCAUUGUAAGUACCUAAUAGCUCAAGUGGUUGAGGCUCUGAGAUGUUGAUUAGAAGAUUGGGGUUCAGACCGUAGUGCUGCAAAGCGUAGCCCUCAACUCCCCUGCUCGAUGGGUCCUGUAUCAUGGCUGACUCUGUGCUCUGACCCCAACUUCCAAAGCAAGAAUUUCACUGUGCUGUGACAAUAAUAAAGGCUUCUUCUUCUUCUACUAAAUUAACAAUGUGCCUCUCUUUGUAGCACAUGUUUAACAAGCUGAAGAUUCUCCACAAGAGGGAGCUAGUAACAUCCACUAACCUUUGUGUGACCACAGGCAAAGGACUGCGAUGCGGGGACAACAUUUCACAACAAUGAGACCGAAUCCUUAUUUACCCUAAACAAGGGUUUAACAUUUAGUUGUGUCUACCAGUGUUCUGCGUAGUAGAAGUAUCAAACAAAGAAGAAUAAAGCAAAUCAGUAUAAUCUUGAACAACUGUUUUACUAUUGUU